AUGGCAGCAACCAUAGCAACAAGCAUGGCCAUAGUAAAGACCAAGAGCCUCAACCCCAAAAGCCCACCUUCAAGACCCACCCUUUCUCUUUUUUCCCUUCACAACCUUCCAAAGGGUCUAACCCCCACCGUUAACAUCAACGUGUCAGCAACAAAAUCUUCCGUAGCGGGCACUGCAAUCGCGGGGGCAAUUUUUUCUACCCUCGGAAACUGCGACGCGGCUUUUGCGGCGUCGCAAAUAGCCCAAAUAGCGGAGGGUGACAAUCGUGGGCUUGCACUGUUGCUGCCGGUGGUUCCCGCCUUAGCGUGGGUGCUGUUCAACAUUCUGCAGCCGGCGCUGAACCAGCUGAACCGCAUGCGGAACAGCAAGGGGGUCAUCGUUGGGCUUGGGCUUGGGCUCGGCGCCUCGGGCUUGAUGUGGGGUCCGGAGGCGUCGGCGAGUGAGAUGGGGCUGAUUGCGGAUGCUACGGCGGGGAGUGACAACAGGGGGCAGCUUCUGCUGUUUGUGGUUGCGCCGGCGAUUGCGUGGGUUCUGUACAACAUUCUGCAACCUGCACUGAAUCAGCUUAACAGAAUGAGAUCAGAGUGA